AUGGGACAAUGCUGUAUCAGUAUAUCGCCUCAUAUUCCGGUCUCCAUACACACACGAAACGAUUGCGGUGGAGACAUUGCUACCGACGAAGGCAGUGAUACUGAAAAGGCGACGAUGUUGCGUCCGGCAGCGCACCAAAUGACCGUCACGCUGCGCCAAGCAGUCGCCUUGGUCUGUCUGACCAGUCUGUCUACACGGAAAAGCCAGCUGCUGAGCCUCAACUUAGCCAUCGUUGCGGUCAAGCGCUUCUCCAUCUACGCCAGCCUCUCCCUUUUGGAGGAAAGCGCUCUUCUUUCAUCACACAAGUAUGGCCGUAUAUUUGGCCAGAAUGUAUUUUCCUUUAAGUACCUUAAUGACUUAGCUGCCUUUAUGACCGCUUUUGCGAAAGUUUCAUUGAGCCCUACAGGAGGGAUAUUCUCCGUGGACACAGCACGUAUCAUCGGACUGGCGAUUUCCACCAUGGCUAACUUCUCUUUCAUUAGUACCACCUUCUUGGUGGUACAAGAAUCCACUGAGCAUGUGAAGACCUGGUUAUCCACCGUCCUUGCAACUGCACCGAACAGAAUUUCGGGUGGAGUUCUCACGAGUCCGGAGCUGAAGGCAUUUGAGGCUUAUCAGGACGUGCUCAAGUCUUUCUGUUGCACUGACUGCUCCCCCAUCCUCCUCUCCACCCGCAAUCUGCCUCUUGCAGUGGCGGCUCUUGUAUCGGUGGUGGCAUCUCUCAUACUCUCCUGUCUCCAUCUCAUUAUCUUGGGAGAUACAAUGUUAAUUCUUGUGGGUUCAGAUGAUUCAGGUCUAUUUGUUUUACGGGCUUUAAAUGUACCUGGUGUGGUAAUAUGCGCAGCAGUGCGGAGCGAUGGGGUGUGGUGCUGUGAUUUCUACGUCCGUGAUGCCGUAGGCAGAAAGGAGCAGACGCUGAUGCGAAUGAAGAGUACAUCCAGUCAAAUCCUUAUGCUACUCAACAAUUCGGCGGUAGUUGCUUUGUUCCUCGGUAUGUAA